AUGCCUAAUACCUCUUCCCCGCCGUCGCCACUCUCUUCGGGGAAGAAGAGACCUCAUCCUUCCGCCGAAACACCGCCCACCCAAUCUGACCCCGCCAUCUCGAACGCCGCGCGCGACGGCCAAAACUCCUCCGCCGCCGCUGUACCUUCCACGUCACCCGCUUUGUCUACGGCGCAUUCUACAGCUACGGUCGCGUCAUCCUCCUCCUCCUCUUCCUUUCGAAAUGUCUCCGCCUGUAAUCGCUGCCGGUUGCGAAAGAAUCGCUGUGACCAGCGCCUGCCGCGCUGUCAGUCGUGUGAAAAAGCUGGCGUCCGUUGUGUUGGCUAUGAUCCCAUUACCAAGCGCGAGAUUCCACGGAGCUACGUGUAUUUCCUUGAGACUCGCGUCGCUCAUUUAGAAAAACAGUUGGCAGACCACAAUAUUGAACUUAAAAAAGCUGUCGCUUUUGACGAAGAGGAGGCGGUCAAGACCGAGGUUGAUCCCGAUACGGCGCACUCUAUUUCUGGUCCUGAUGGCCAACUUGAAAGUGCAGAUAAGGGACACUGGAAGAAUGCUGGCUCCAAGGAAGACGCUUUAUCCGAGCAAAGAGUAGAUGGGCAGCAAGCACAGGGUGGAAAUAAGGACCAAGAUACCACGAACCAGGAAAAUUGGAGAAUACACAAUUUGGUAUCGAAUAUUGGGAUGGUAUCUGUGCAGGGCACUUCUGAUCCACGAUAUUUGGGUUCAACCUCGGGUAUUUCAUUUGCUAGAGUCGUAUUUGCUGCAGUUCGAAGCUCGCUCCCGGGCAAUAUGCCGGAGCGGGCUCCGAUUCGUACGAGCGAACGUCUGCCGCAGACUGCCGCAGCCGGUCCUGGUGGAGGCACUAUGCGUGAUUCGUUCUUUGGGUUGCAAACGCGGCCAAUGAUGAAGCGGGCGGCGUUCCCAGACCGGGAGCUUGCAGAACGACUAGUCGACCUUUACUUCGAGCAUGCUAAUCCUCAAAUGCCAAUUCUCCACCGCGGAGAUUUCAUGGAGCUCUUGGAUCGCACAUACCAACUCGAAGAGAAGAAUCGAUCUCCUCGAGCUCUAUAUGUUCUCAAUAUCGUAUUUGCCAUCGGCGCGGGUAUCAUCUUCGAUGAUAAGCCCCAGGGCUCGGACGAGGAAAACCGCACAGGCCGUGACCGAUCAUCUUCCACCACGAAAAGACCUAGACUAUCAAAUCACCAGUUCCAACCGGAAGAAUAUCAUGCCUCCGCAAUUGUUCACUUGGAGUCCUUCCUCGGAUCGUCUUCAAGUGAGGGCUUCGGUGGAUUAGAAGAACUACAAGCUGUUCUAUUGCUGGCUAGUUUUGCCUUGCUGCGCCCUGUUGCGCCGGGUCUUUGGUAUAUUGUCGGUGUUGCAAUGCGCCUGGCAGUUGAUCUGGGUUUGCACUAUGAAGACGGUGUGGGUCUCGAGACGACCAAAGAUGGAAGCCAGGUUAACCCGCGCAUAGAUGCUCGUGAGCGCGGACGACGAGAAUGGGUUCGUGACUUGCGACGCCGUCUGUGGUGGUGUGUCUACAGUUUUGAUCGUCUUGUUGCUACAUGCGUCGGUCGACCAUUUGGUAUCAGUGACCAAGCCAUUAGCACUGAGUUCCCAUCUAUGAUGGAUGACAAGUAUAUCACCAAAUCUGGUCUUCUGACCCCUCCCGAGGGUGCUCCAACAUAUAAGCAUGUCGCUUUCCACUACUUCAAACUCCGCCUUCUCCAGUCAGAGAUCCACGAUGUCUUGCAAUAUCAGCAAGCACGCGCCGUGCGUCGACGAGCGACGGAUAGCGCCAUUAUCCUUCCACACGCUGAGCUUACCUCUCCUUUCCUCCAAGGUUUUGACUCUUUCCGCUCAUGGCGCCAUGAUGUCCACCGCCGUCUAGUGGAAUGGCAUGAGUCUGCCCCGACACGUCCAGAUACGGGCGUGCGAUUCUCAAUCGAAUUGUUAGAGUUAAAUUACUGGCAAGCUAUCAUCUUGCUAUAUCAACAAAGUUUGACUGUACCCGCGGAGUUGGCUGGAGAGUUGACCCCUGCUGAUGAUGUGUCGAGCCCGUCCUUUUCGAAUCCCGAUGAAGGGGAUGAAGAGGAUCAAGUUUAUUUGAAUGUGGCCGAGGCAGGUCAGAAAGUCAUUCGUAUAUAUCGACAGCUACACCGUGUCAGGCUUGUGAACUAUACGUAUCUUGCUACACAUCACAUCUUUAUGGCUGGAAUCUCCUUUUUGUACGCGAUUUGGUAUUCGCCGCUUGUGCGCAGUCGUCUGACUCUUGACGAGGUGGAUUUUACUGUUCUCGCCGCAACCUCCGUUCUUGGCGAUUUGAUGCAUAAAUGUCCCCCCGCUGAAGCUUGUAGGGAUGCAUUCGAGCGAAUGAGCAAGGCUACCGUUCAAAUGUGCCUUUCCACCACCGGAUUCGGAUCACAAGUUGACAUGAGUCGCAUCAACUCCGGUCCAAACCCAUCUGGCUCUCUACACCACGGUCGUCGCCAACAGACAGAUCCCCGACGAGCAAGUCAAGGCCAACCACGCCGACCAACCCAAAAUCGAUCCUCACGGCCAAUGCCAAAAUUCGAUAUGAACCUGGCUGAUCUGUUCAAUGACAAUACGCCACUAGCCGACCGAUCAAGGCCAGAUGGCCGACCAGCGCAUCCAUAUCCUGUUCGAGCUGAUCAGGCAGAGUCCAUUGCGGCUGGCUUGCCUACCGAUCGUCCUGCACGUCCAUUUAUACAGCGAACCCCGUCAAUGGAGUAUUAUCUCAAGUACGAGAAUCCCACAUCGCCACAACCCCCUCAGCAAUUCUAUUACUCUACCUCUCCACAACAAGAUGGCUCCCCCGGCAGUGUAGCUCCCAAUGCUGCGAAUGGGCCCCAUGGUGUCCCACCCACAGAUCCUGAAGCACAGCCUGGUAUUAGUCUUGAUUUCCUUGACUUUGGGUCUGGAGAUCCAGAUGGGCAACCUAUGGAGACGGAUCCUAAUGGUGAUUUUAAUAUGGCUAAUAUGCCACCUCUUGGACCCAAUCUUGGACAAAAUGUUGGUAUUGAUCUUGGAUUUGGCAUGGCAAUGGAUUUUCAGCAUGAUUGGAGCGAGAAUCCAAAUUAUGAUCUUUUAGAGGGUUAUUUCUUCGGUGGUUCUGGGCCAGGCGCUUCCGGUGGUGGUGAACCUUGA